GGUCACCAAAGACAAGCACGAGUACUGUAGAGGCAGCUAUUGCUAAAGCAUGUUAAAGAACUGUGCACUAGAGAUGUAAAUGACAAGGAAUGAAGCAUAUUAAGGGAUUACGGUCAUCUUAAACACAGUAUUCUUCUUUAUAUUUAAAUUCACGCAAUGACAGAUAUUAAUCAUUAGUUAACUCACUCCAAACUGUUAAUAAUUACGAAUCAACUACAAACUGUAUAAUGUUUUCUUUAAUUGCAUGCUGCAGGAGUUUGCAGAGCAAGUCGUAUGUGAGAAAAUCGUUGGUAUGCAAACGUGCACGGCAAUUGUUAUUCCGUGAUAAUCAUGCAGCACAAUACACAAGUGUUUAUAAUAUGUGGCUACAUACCACAUGUGGUAUGAAUAAGACUUUUCAACCAAAACCUAGAAAACCAAAUACAACACAUAAGGAAAGAAAUGAAAACUCGUCUCCUCAUUCUUCCACAGUAUUUUCUGCAGGAGCAGCAAAGAAAAGGUCUGAAAUGAUGAAGUCCAAAAUAGAUGCACCAACUAAUGUGGAUACAAAUUCAACGUCUGUGAAAAGAAAAUAUAUAGUUCCCCCCUCUGUGCCACUUGGAAGUGAUGAAUGGAGGAAACUGAAAGAUGAAUCUUUUCGACCCAAUGGGUUUGUAAACGUUAUGAUGUCAAAAAUGAUAGCAGAAAACUGUGACAUAAAUGUUGCAAAAUCGCUGUUGAAUUUUGCAGCAAAGGAACAAGAAGGCAUUAGCUAUGAAUUACUCCUGAAAUAUUUGGCCUUAUGCAUCAAGCAGAAUAAUAUUACAGAAGUGUAUGAUAUUUAUGAAAUAAUGAGAAAUAGAUUCAAGUCAUUUGAUACCGGUGCUUAUAGUUUGUUCAUUAAAGGAUUUAGCCAAACAGAUAACUGGAGAGAAUCAAUCAAAAUGUUAGAAACGCUAAAAAGAACAAUCAAGCCUUCUUCAAAAAACUAUGGAGAUUGCAUUAAAGCAGCUAUUGUACACCGAGAGGCCAAACAAGCCUGGGCACUUUAUAAAGAAAUGUUGCUGAAUGACCUGAUACCCUGUGACAAUACCUUACAAUCCCUGUUUGAUGCUGACAGGGAUCUGCAAGAUGAUACCUUCAGGACUGAGCUCAUUAAUAUUCUGGGUUAUUUUCGAGAUCAUCAAAUCUACCCUGGAGAAUAUCUAAUGCAGAGCAUAAAAUUAUGGUUUGAAAGUAUUCCUGAUGAACACUGGAGAGGAUAUCUGAGCAGAGUCUCUGACAGUGGUCAUUGUGAAGCUUGUAAACAACAGCUGGAAUCUAUUCACCUGAAACCUGAGGAGUACAGUGCUCUAAAGGAUGUUUUUCUCACCACUGUGAUCAAAGGACAUGAUGUGUUUCGUAAGACUACACCGCAGGAGCUGCAAGAGUUUCAACACUUUGUGAGAUCCAAUCCACCUUAUGAUGUUGUUGUUGAUGGACUGAAUGUGGCCCACAUGGACCCUAAAGGAAUCCGUUCACAAACUCUUCUGGAUGUGGUAACCAGCCUGUCAUCUGGGGGAAAGCGAGUUUUGGUUCUGGGGAGGAAGCACAUGCUGAAAGAAUCCAGGACCUGGGUGAAACGUCAUAUUCAGCUUCUGCAGAAAAAGUCUGAUUGCUUUUUUAUUGAUGACAUUUCGGAAGAUGAUCCAUUCCUACUAUAUGCCAGCCUGAGCUCUGGUAACCACUGCUGCUUUUUAACCAGAGAUCUUCUGCGAGAUCAUAAAGCCUGUCUGCCUGAUGCUCACACUCAACGACUCUUCUUCAAAUGGCAACGUGGGCACCAGCUGGUGAUUCCUUUUUACACACUGGGCAGCAAAGUGUUUUUGCAGCCAAGACUGAGUUAUGACACAAUACUGCAGAGCACAGAUGUUUCCUGGCAUAUUCCAUACGAUAAGACAGGUGUGGAGAGAGCGUCUUUUGAAGUUCCGAAGACUUGGUUGUGUUUGCAAAAGAGACGCUGAAAGUUUAUGGAAACUAUGAACUCUUUUGUUACAAUAAAUAUUUAUAUAAAGCAAUGACAAAUCUUUAUGAUGAAGGCCAUAAUUGCUAAAUGUUAUUAAAAAACAUGUAUAUUUUUUAUGAUAUGGAACUGCACCCUAGCAUGUGGUAUUUGUUUCUUAAUAAAUGAGAUGUCAUUAAAUUAAUAAAAAAAACUUGAUUCUGUAGAA